GGUUCACUCACCAGGGCCGUGGACGCCAAGCACCCACUCCCUCCCCCCCGUCCUACGCCGCCCCCAUCGCCGCUCCUCUCCGGCCGGGAAAGGAGGCCCCUCGCCGGCCGCGCGGAUCCCCGCCUCCGGUCUACCUUUUAGAAGAUUCCCUAUUUCUUGUGAGAAUGAAGCGUAUGCAUAGAAUGCCCACAAGGAAGGCCCAUUCAUGGUGGUGGGACAGUCAUAUUAGUCCCAAAAACAACAAAUGGCUAGCUGAUAAUCUAGAAGAGAUGGAUAAGCAAGUUAAAGAGAUGCUGAAGCUCAUUGAGGAUGAAGGAGAUUCUUUUGCAAAGAAGGCUGAGAUGUAUUACCAACGGCGGCCUCUGCUUGUUACACAUGUUGAAAAUUUCUAUCGCAUGUAUCGUGCCCUUGCUGAGCGUUAUGACAAUGUGACCGGGGAACUACGAAAAAACAUGCCAUCAUCUCUCCAAUCACAGGGCUCAGGUAUAUCUGAAUCUGACUCUGAGGCACAGUCUACUCCCGCAUCUCCUGAGUCUGAAAAGAAGACCUCAAAACAGAAGGGUAAAAAGGGAAGUGAUGGAUCAUCAUCAUCUUCUUCUUCUGAUUCUGAUUCCGAGGUUGAUGAAGCGAACCAAGAGAAUGGCAAUGGGAUUACUCAUGCACUGAACGAACGAGUUAUUGAGCUGGAAGAUGAACUCAAGGAAGCAAUGGAGAAACUUGAGGCACUCGAGGAAAAGAAUAUGCGCUGCCAAUGUGAAAACCUUGAAGAGAAGUUGCUAGCUUCGCAAUCAGAAAUCAACAACCUUCAGAAGGAUCUUGAAGAAAAGGUCCGUUCAUUGGAUAAUAUCAAAGAAAUUAGCAGUGAAAAGGAGGAUUUGGAAGCUGCAGUUCUGGAAAACAAGAACAAGUUUGAGGAAUUAAAAGGAGAAAUGGCCUUAGCAGCUAAGCAUCACGAGGCCCAACUUUCAUAUCGUGACCUUGAAAUUGAGAAAUGCAAGCGGGAGCUUGAGCAAGUAUCUGAGAGGUAUACCUAUGAUAAGUGUACUCUUGAGGCUGAAAUCAGAGAGCUCCAAGAAGUGGUCAAGAACUUGGAAGGGAACUUGGCAAAACUGACGGAAGAGAAGUUGCAGCUUGAGGCACAGGUUAUGGAGCUUGAACAAACAUCUCACAGCCUAGAUGAUUCAUCUGCUGAAAUUAAGAAGUUACAAAAGGUAAUCAAGGAUCUGCAAGCAAGACUGGAAAAUGAUUCAAAUGAGAAGAGGGUGCUUGAGGAACGUGCUAUCGAGUUUGAGCAAGUUCAUGGGGAGUUGGAGGAUUCGAGGGCUGAAACGGUGGAGCUACAAACUAGAAUUGAGAAACUCAAAGCUGAUCUGGAAGGAGCACUUCAAGAGAAAUCGGUGUUGGAGGGCUGUGUCAAGGAUCUGGAACAUGCCAUUGCUAGUAAGUUGGAGAAAUUCUCUCUUGAGAAGUCCUCUCUCGAUGCUGAGAUCCUACGACUGUCCGAAGCUAAUGCUUCUCUUGAAGAUAAGUUGUCAUCCACAGAGGCGCAGCUUAAGCAACUUCAUGCCGAAAAGGCAGAAGCAUCUGCUGAGAGUGAGAAGCUGAUCUCUGGAUUGAAGCAAGAUAUUGCCAAUCUUAAGACAGAGCUCGAGUUACUGUCCUCACAGAAAGCUGCAGUUGAUAAUAAGGUGUCUGGUUUGCUGAGUGAUCUCACAACUCGUGAUGAAAAGAUGAAGGAGAUGGAUAGCCACUUGCAUCAGCUGCACCUGGAGCAUGUGCAAGUGAUUGCAGAGGCAGAUGCCGCACGGAAGUCCGUGGCGGACCUGCAUGUACGGGUGCGUGAGCUCGAGGAAGAGGUUGAGAAGCAGAAGCUCAUGGCCUUCGACAGCGCAGAGGGGAAGCGGGAGGCAAUCAGGCAGCUGUGCUUCUCCCUCGAGCACUACCGCGACGGGUAUCAGCAGCUCCGGCAAGUUCUGCAGGGCCACAAGAGGCCGAUGGUGAUGGCAACGUGAUCAGCCAGCCAGCAGCUUGCUGGAUGCCGAAAAUCAGGAUGUCAAUGUAAUGUAAACAUCCCUUUCCCUUCCCCUUUCUUCAUGUAGCUUUGGUCUACUCCUUAGUGGAUUUGGUAAAACUUGUGCUCUGUAGUUACUUCAGGUACCGGUACCCUAUGAUGUGUGUGAUGUAAUAUAUUAUGGAUCAUUAUGGCAUUCCUUCUUCAAUCAAUCUACCUGCUGCCGCUGUGACUCUGAAGAUAA